CUGCGGAGAAUGCGGGAAAGGGGCACGACCCACUCAAUUUUGAAGUCUGGUUGCCGUGUUGCUGGUGCUCCGUGCACGGCUGGCAGAUCACUUUGGUCUGGAAAUUUGACAGCCAAAUUCCCCUGAAGCCCGAGCUCCUGUCUCCAUCUCGUACCGGUGAACUGCAAAUCACCACGCUUCUGCCCUCGCGACAUUCCUCCCAAUUGUCCUCGCUGCCAUCGUUGCAGCACAAUUUUUGAUACCCUCGUCCUUCUACGUCAUUCCGAUCAGUCUUUAAUCCAAGAUGGCUCCUGCCACUGCCGAGAGCGCGUCGCCGAUUGGCAUUGCAAAUCUGCCCAACCAGCGGCACAAGAUUGUCGCGAAGAGGGGUGCAGCAUUCACGAUUAUGGUUGCCGGGGAGUCAGGGUUGGGCAAGACGACUUUCAUUAACACGCUCUUCUCCACGACAAUCAAGAACUACGCCGAUCACAAGCGCCGGCACCAGAAACAGAUCGACAAGACGGUUGAGAUCGAGAUCACCAAGGCUGAGCUCGAAGAGAAGUUCUUUAAGGUUCGCCUGACUGUCAUCGACACCCCGGGCUUCGGCGACUAUGUCAACAACCGUGACUCGUGGAUGCCCAUCAUCGAGUUUCUCGACGACCAGCAUGAGUCCUACAUGCUUCAGGAGCAGCAGCCGCGCCGCCAGGACAAGAUCGACUUGCGCGUGCACGCCUGCUUGUACUUCAUCCGCCCCACCGGCCACACCCUGAAGCCACUCGAUAUCGAAGUCAUGAAGCGGCUAUGCUCACGCGUCAACCUUAUUCCAGUCAUUGCCAAGGCUGAUACCCUCAGCCCGGCGGAUCUGGCCAAGUUCAAGUCGAGAAUUCGCGCCGUCAUCGAGGCCCAGAACAUCAAAAUCUACCAGCCGCCAAUCGAGGAGGAUGACGAGGCUGCCGCGCAGCAUGCGCGCAGCCUGAUGGCCGCUAUGCCCUUCGCCGUGAUCGGUUCCGAGAAGGACGUCAAGACCAACGAUGGACGGAUCGUGAAGGGCCGCCAGUACUCGUGGGGCGUGGCCGAGGUCGAGAACGAGGACCAUUGCGACUUCAAGAAGCUGCGGUCGAUCUUGAUCCGCACCCACAUGCUGGACCUGAUCCAUACUACCGAGGAGUUGCACUACGAGGCAUAUCGCGCGCAGCAGAUGGAGACGCGCAAGUUCGGCGAAGCCCGCCCGCGGAAGCUGGACAACCCCAAGUUCAAGGAGGAGGAGGAUGCGCUCCGCAAGCGCUUCACCGAGCAGGUCAAGAUCGAGGAGCAGCGCUUCCGGCAAUGGGAGCAGAAGCUCAUCGCCGAGCGCGAUCGCCUCAACAAGGAUCUCGAGCAGACGCACGCCCAGAUCAAGCAGCUCGAGCAGGAGCUGGAGCAGCUGCAGGGCAGUGCCGUUCGCAGCCAUGGACGUCGUUAGGGAAUCGGCGUUUCGAGGGACCCUGUCUUGUCUGGACUCCAUUCGAGGCCGUUCACGGGCACGUUUUGACCUUAUUGAAUACCUGGGGUUCCCAGGCGCUCCCGGUCCUGCGCAACCGAAUUUCUGGCUUAUUGGGGCAUGAUUCCUGGAAGCUGCUUCAUGGUGACUGGCAGAAUAAUUGGUUGACACACACGUGCUUUGCUUUCAGGCCCUUCUCUUUUCGUUUUGUUUUCCUCCGUCAUACUACCCCUCGCAGUUAUUCUAUAGCAAACGGGAA